GUCGCCCCGCUGACUCCAAUUCCAGAGACGACGGCGGUCGUCUUUAAGUUCCUAAUCUCUUCGGGAAAAGGAAACUCACGAACUUUGCAGAGUCGGUGAAAUUACUUCAAUUUCACCUUCAGUUACUGGUCGAAGAGUUAUCGGUUAAGCUAGUAGCCGGGCACUGGAAUGACGGGGUGUGCCGAGAAUUUGAAUUAGCUCGCCGUUAGUAUGAAGAAAGAGUGAGUCGGGGAGAGAGGAGCCAUUUUGUCCCGACUGUGUGGGAGAAAGGAAAGAGUGGAAAAAAGAGGAAUCGUGUUGGAGGACCUCGCGUUGUCACUACCUUUUCUCGCGAUUUCAAGGGGAAGACAGUCGGGCCUUUGGAAUAUAACUUCACUGGCGUGUUUUAUUUUGUGGUGGUAUUUAGCCAACUAGCUUGCCAAAGCUAAUCAACAAAUCCCAGGUUGUAAACUGUCAAAAUCGGGGCAGUUGGUCAGGUUGGCCGUAGGAACUGGCUUCAGACUUCAUAUAGGCGUGUUAGGAAAUUGUUUUGUUUAUUUGUAUCCUUGCGAGUGCACACUCACUGUUUUCAAUGGCUAAGAAGACGUACGACUUGCUAUUCAAACUGCUUCUCAUCGGAGAUUCGGGCGUGGGGAAGACCUGUGUGCUGUUCCGCUUCUCUGACGACGCCUUCAACACAACCUUCAUCUCCACCAUAGGAAUAGACUUCAAGAUCAAAACUGUGGAACUACAAGGAAAGAAGAUCAAACUACAGAUCUGGGACACAGCGGGCCAGGAACGGUUCCACACCAUUACCACCUCUUACUACAGAGGAGCCAUGGGCAUCAUGCUGGUGUAUGACAUCACCAACGCCAAGAGCUUUGAGAACAUUAGCAAAUGGCUGCGCAACAUUGAUGAGCAUGCGAAUGAGGAUGUCGAAAGAAUGCUACUAGGCAACAAGUGUGACAUGGAGGACAAGAGGGUUGUACCAAAAGCCAAGGGAGAACAGAUUGCAAGGGAGCACGGCAUUAGGUUUUUUGAGACGAGCGCCAAGGCCAACAUCAACAUUGAGAAGGCCUUCCUCACGUUAGCAGAAGACAUCCUCAGAAAGACGCCGGUAAAGGAGCCUAACAGUGAAAAUGUGGACAUCAGCAGCGGGAGCGGCGUCACAGGAUGGAAGAGCAAGUGCUGCAGUUGAACAACUCGCACCGACACAAAACAUUCACAAACACACGCACGUGCACGCACGACACCCUCUCUUUUUCUCUAACAUCUAACUCUCUCACCCUCUAACCCGUCUCAUGACUUUUCUUGCACACUGACACUCUUUUAUCAGAAUAAAACAACAAUAAACCACUUCAUUCAUUCAUCUGAAUCCCACCAUUCACCCGCCACCUGGUGAGCUCCACUCUUGUCGUUUUGUUUUAAAGAUUGUUCAAAAAACACGGAAAAAAGUAGACAAGCUCAUAUUUGUAAGAUUUCCUUCGCCUGAGCUCACUCCCACCCCCUCCAACAUCCCUUUUCCUUUUCACGGCGACCAUGACGUCCACCUCCCCGUUUUUUGGACAUUCAUGGUCUCAAAUGUUUGCUCAAUUACAAUUUGUUACCAAGUGACAGAGGUGUGGCGAGCUCCUUUUGUAAUGCGGGGUUUCUUUUUGUCCUGUGCCUUAUAUGGAAGACAGGGGCGGGGCUGUGUCGUGGGCGGAGCCACAUCCACCCGUUGAAAUUACACUUUACUAAAUCGUUGUCUGUUGGCGCUUCCCAUGCCGACUCAAAACUGACGCAGAAGCGUUUGAAUUUCUUCUUCAGCCAAGAGAACGGCAUUAAAUGUCCUGUUUAUCAAUGUCUCAUUUUUACCUGUUCGAUUUAUUUGACUUUUUGUUUUGUUUUCUCUUCCCAGUUUGGGUUACUUUUUUUUGUUUCCUGCAUGCAGAUUUCUUUGGGUUGGAAGCGUUUCUGUAACAUUAUGUAAGGUAUGCCACUGGGUAACUUUGGGCGGGAGGUUCACAAGUUCUCUUUGGAAGUUCAAACAGUUUUGCAGAUCCAUUAAAAAUAAGCUUGUUUAA